UCCCAUGAUGCGUUGCUUCCAACUAUAUUAUCAUUAUUUUUGGGUCACAUGACUUGCCAUUUCGACAUGGACGCCGUGAGGUUAAUUUCGCGGUGUGAGAGACCAUUCGAUCUCUCGAAGCUGAUAUAUGUUCAUUGCAUCGAUCUAGGAACCAAAAAAUUCACUACAGUCACCAGUUUUCCUUGUUUAGAGAUAUGUUGUGUACUUGGACACUUUAGUUUUCCAAGGGAGUUGGCCGUUCGCCGUCUCUGUUGUGUUCUUUGGAGCGACGAUUGCAAAGGCAAACUUUCAACCGCACGAAGCCCUGUCCUGAUCAACGUUAAAUCGUCCUGUUAUUUCACGGAAUCUGAUGGAAGACAGGUUACCUUUAUCGUGGACUUCGAAGUUGUGGGUAAAGUAGGAGCGUCUAAGCUUCCAAGACCUAAAUCGAUGGAGAAACUGGAAAAUUCAUCAGAGGACGAUACGUUCUCCGAUUGUUGUCCGUGGCUGGAUUUAACCAGGUGUCGGUGCAGUUGCACUGAAUAUCCCAGGCUGAUGAAUGUUGUGCUGCCAGAUUGCACUGCUUGUCAUAACCAACCUGAAAACAACGGUGCUAACUCUUCAAGCGAAGAAUCAGAUGAGGAUAUUGUGAUUGUAGAUGAAAUCCACGAGGAGUAUGAAGAGGAGGAAUAUCUCGAGGAGCCAUGUGACGAAAGAGAAGCAGUUGAGGAAUCAGUUCCUCUUUUUACUGAAUAUGUUGGUUUAAGAGGCAGCUCCUUUCAUGCAGAUUGUCAAAGUACGUUGAAGAAAUGCCGAGAAAUUCUAGCUGCAAAAGGAACAGUUGAACUAAGACUUCAAACUGAACCAGACAACAUCAGGGAUUGCAAUGCCAUCAUUGUGCAAGCCAAAGUGAACUUACAAUGGGACAGGAUUGGUUAUAUUCCCAAAGAAAAAGUCCCUAAAUUUAAUUCAGCAAUGACAAAUGGUGAGUUACAAGAUGCAAAAUUUAAAAACAUCAAAUGUCAGUAUAUCAUGGUAGACUCUCCAAAGUGGACUUAUAUAGCAUCUGUAAUCUUUACCAAGGCUGGAAAAUGGCUGCCUAAUGAUGGACUAUACAAGUACAAUGAUAAGCUGUAGCCAAUUUAAUUGAAUUUGUUUUCAG